GUGAUAGAGGCAGUUCCGGUGUUGGUACAUUACAUCCACUCACUCAGACUCUGGUCGCUGGGUUUUUCCUCUCGCAGGAGUUUAAGGCGAGAGGUAAACAUGUCUGGUCGCGGAAAGCAGGGCGGCAAAGUGCGGGCCAAGGCCAAGUCUCGGUCCUCCCGCGCGGGCCUGCAGUUCCCGGUGGGCCGAGUCCACAGACUGCUGCGCAAAGGUAACUACGCGGAGCGAGUAGGUGCUGGUGCGCCCGUGUACCUGGCGGCGGUGUUGGAGUACCUGACGGCAGAGAUCCUGGAGUUGGCUGGCAAUGCCGCUCGUGACAACAAGAAGACCAGGAUAAUCCCUCGCCACCUGCAACUCGCCAUUCGCAACGACGAGGAGCUAAACAAGCUGCUGGGGAAAGUCACCAUUGCUCAGGGCGGCGUCCUGCCCAACAUCCAGGCCGUGCUGUUGCCCAAGAAGACCGAGAGUCAGAAGGCGAAGAGCAAGUGACCCUGAUGCCACCACAGGGGAGCUGGCAUCCCCAGCAAAGGCUCUUUUCAUAGCCACCCCGCAGUAUUUUUCAACAUACUCGAUGUUAUGGAAGGCUGGCGCGAUCUAGUGGGGAGGUGGGUGGCGAGGGGCCCGCAGAGUCCGGGGCCAAUAAAGUCGGUGAAAAUCG